UGUGUGUGUAUGUGUGUGUGUGCGCGUGUGUGUGUGUGUGUGUGGAGCUGCAGUUACCUCCAUAGUGAGAGUGUCGCGAACCACUGGAUCGUCAAAGGAGACGCAAAAAGAAAGAAGACAUCCUCGGGGAGGGAAGUAGGACGCGCGACUCGGUCUGGAAGGACGCUUCUUCCCCGUUUCCUCGCUCCAGGUUGAAGCGGUGCGGCCGGUCGGUCCCGAAGCGAGCAUUAUGCAUUCAGACUGCAGGCUGCUAUGGGCAGAGCGGUAAUGGUGGGCAGGGGACCGACAGGGGCCGGGGUUCUCGUCCUGUCGAUUCUCAUCAUUCUCACCACGGAGGGCUGUCGAGCUCAGAAAGGUGAUGGCUGUGGCCCCAGCGUGCUCGGCCCCAGCAGCGGGACUCUGUCCUCUCUGGGGUACCCGAGGACAUACCCCAACGACACGGUGUGCGUGUGGGAGAUUAGCGUGCCCCGCGACAAGAGGAUCCACUUUCGCUUUGCCUCGUUGGACAUAGAAGACAGCGACUGCCAGGUCAACUACCUCCGCCUCUACAACGGCGUUGGACAGGAGAGGAGCGAGAUUGUUAAGUACUGUGGACUGGACCUGAAGGUCAAGGAGCUGAUCGAGUCCACUGGCAACCAGGUCACCGUCCAGUUCAGGAGUGGGACCCACCGCAUCGGACGUGGAUUCUACCUGUCCUACUCCACCACCGAACACACAGAUCUAAUCACGUGCCUGGACAAAGGAACGGAUUUCCCUGAGGCAGAGUUCAGUAAAUACUGUCCAGCUGGCUGCUUGACAUCCACAGAGGAGAUUUCUGGGACCAUACCUAAUGGAUACAGAGAGUCGUCCCCUCUGUGCGUGGCAGCGGUCCAUGCAGGUGUGGUGUCCAACGCAGCGGGAGGGAGGAUCAGUGUGGUCAGCAGCAAAGGCAUCCCUCACUAUGAGGGCACACUGGCUAAUAAUGUCACUUCCACUGGAGGAACUUUGUCAAACAGCCUCUUCACCUUUAAGACCAACGGCUGCUAUGGAACGCUGGGUUUGGAGUCGGGUGUUGUUGCAGACACUCAGCUCAAUGCUUCAUCCGUGUGGGACUGGAGCGUCAACUCUGGUCAACACAGCACGUGGGCGGCGACGGGGGCGCGGCUUAAAAAGGCAGAGCUGCUGCCCUGGGCGCCUUCUCAGAACGACCAGCAUCAGUGGCUGCAAGUCGAUCUCAAGAGGGUGAAGAGGAUCACAGGCAUCACCACCACCGGCUCCACCCGGAGAGAUUACCCGUACUACGUUUCAGCGUACCGAGUCCUGUGGAGUCACGACGGCAAACGGUGGUUCAGCUACAGGGAAGCGAAUUCUACGCAAGACAAGAUUUUCCAAGGCAACAUCAACUACCUGCACGAGGUGAGGAAUAACUUCAUUCCUCCCAUCGAGGCCCGGUUCGUGAGGAUAAAUCCCACCUCGUGGCACCAGAGAAUCGCGCUCAAGCUGGAGCUGCUCGGCUGCCAACCUCCUCAAGUGAGGCUGGCUACCCCUUCUCGUCAUAGUCCACCUCCGGCAGGUACAAAACACCCACCUCAUUUUGGCCAAACCACACACACCCCAGACAUACGGAACACCACCAUGCCUCCACACACCAGUAAAGAUGUAGCGUUGGCGGCAGUUCUGGUUCCCGUGUUGGUCAUGGUCCUGACUGCUUUCAUCUUGACUGUGGUUUGUGCUUGGCACUGGAGGAACAGGAAAAAAAGCUCUGAAGGGACGUAUGACCUUCCUCACUGGGACCGCACAGGUACGCCGCCACUCCACAGCAGGUCUUUGCGUCGGUUUUAUUUUGUGAGUCGGUGCAACUCAUCUGGUUGUGCGUCCGCUGCAGACUGGUGGAAGAGCAUGAAGCAGCUGCUGCCCUCCAAGAUGGUGGAUUCGGAGGAGUCAGUUCGGUACAGCAGCAGUGAAGUCGGCCGGCUGACGGGGAGAGGCGCCGUACCCCGACUACACGCUGAACCUGCAGAAUAUGCCCAGCCACUAGUGAGCGGUGUGACGACACUAGGCGCACGAUCAACCUUUAAACCAGAUGAGGGGCCUGACCCGGGAUACUCGGACCCGGACCUGUACGACGCCCCCAUCUCGCCGGACGUUUACCACGCCUACGCGGAGCCGCUGCCUGCUUCGGGGUCUGAAUACGCCACACCCAUCGUGGUCGACAUGGGCUGCCACCUGUCAGGAGGCGGCGGCGGCGGCGGCUCCUCUUUCAUGGGCGCCGGGCCCAACUCACUGCUCACACGGACGGACAGCGGUCAGUCGGGGAGGUCGGCGUACGAUACACCCAAAAAUGCCACUGGACAGGCCGCUGAGGAUCUGACCUAUCAGGUGCCUCAGAGUAGCACUCAGAAGCCGACAGGGCAGAGCUGAAGAGUCAGGGUGAACGUGGCCUUAAUCUGCCCCCCCCGCUACCAAAAAAAAAAAAAAAAAAAACCCCAGUGGACAAAGAUAGAGGGUUAUUGUUGUUGGAGGAGGAAAAGGAGGAGUGACCUUGCCAGCCUUUGAGCCUGGGCUCGAGCCUUGAAUGAACACUACCUUAGCUUUAGAUUCAUCUGGAGAUGUCUGUAUUGCCUAAAACGUUUCUGCAUGGCCACAAACUGCUUGUGUAGCGCCAUCACAGUCCUAUCACUGAAACCACAAAGAUGAAUGUGUUAGUGCCAGGCGUGCGAGUCGGACGACGAGGAGAAACGCUGACUACUAUUUGAUAAAGACUUUUUUUUUGUCCCUGUUCUGUGAUUCUUAGUAGUUACUGCAUCCUGUAAAGCUGUGAUUUCACUUCUUGUCUUUGUUAUCCUGUUACAUACUGAACCAGGUUCAGAUGAAAUGUGCCCGGUGAUUUACACUCAAAUCCAAGGGUUUUCUUACUGAAUUAGUUGCAUGUUGCAUCAAAGUACCCUACACCCGAGGCUAAAGAGUUCCUCCUUUUGUAGAGAGACUCUUUGCCUUCCACGGUACAUUUUUGUCUUACUUUGUUUUAAAGGCAUGACUUGAAAUUGUGUAUAGUACUAAUUCCAUUACUGCAAUCCUGUUAACACUCAAAUGAUUUACUGAUAUUUAUUUUUAUUUCACAUCCUGCUGAUAGGGAGAGAAUCUUAUUAAUGAAUACCCCACCGCUAACCAGAUUCAUAGGUGAUCAAAGAACUGGGUGUCGUAUUGUUGUGAACACCUGACUGACCAUAAGUCAUUUUUUUUGUUACAUCCUUUUAGAGUAUUGUAUCGAGGAGAGUCAACCCAGUGAAUAUCCCAAAGAGGAAAUUCUUCUUUGUAGUAUCGGAGACCAAAUGUUGCCUUUUUUUUGUGUGUGUGUGUGUUUAUGCAAUGUUGAUUCACGACGACUUUCACAAUCGUGCCAAGUUUAGCCAAAUAAACGUUAAAGCGGUCUUAACGUAGGAUCUGUUCAGAGUUACAUGAUGCAAAAUUAAAAGGUACACAGAUGAGCGAUAGUGUAUAUGUUACAGCUGUGAUCGUUUUACUAGUUUUGAGUGUUUGUCCUGAACUUUUCUGAUUUUGUGAAUUGUGGUGUUUGUCUGAAAAAAGGGGUGUUUGAUCUGACCUAAUACAUUUAGGGUGUUCCUUCCUUGUAUCUUUGUGCAUCGGUGUCUGUACGUGCGUUGAGCUGUUUCCAUAUUUCAAUGUGUUUUUUGUUUUGUUUUUUUGUGGACUGGUUCAUGACGUGGCUGGUAGCCACACACUUGGUCUGCAGCAGGAGGAGACAAACAGGACACCACCCUCACCAGAGGCAUGGUGCUUUUUUUUUUUUUUUUUAUUUCAAAACAGCUGUGCCACCAUCAUGUUUCAGUUUUACCCUCAGUGACCCGGGUACAGAGCUGUUCCCUGGUCACAGAGGGGUCGUUGAUGUGGCUCUCACUGAUUGUAUAAAGAGAAAUAAAGAGUUUUUAAAAAGGAA